GGGCAACGGAAAUUUAGAGUUUAAUCUUUAUUAUUGUAUAAUAUCGUCAUGUUAUUAAUCAGGAUAUAUAUGUAUUACUUAUUACAAUUUAUUUGAAUAUGUAUUAUAUUCAAUUGCAUAUACUGCCACAUUUGCAGACUUAAUAUUAUUCAUCAAUUGUUCAUUAAAUUAUGGCUGUACGUCGAGGAAAGAGAAACUUGAAAUUGCAGGUCUCUGAAGAGACACCUGUAACUGUUACACCACCAAGGAAUUUGGAUAAGCGAACUACAAUAACUAUAGAUGAUGAAACAUUUGUGGUAGAAGCAGAUGAUUUAGAAACAAUCUGUAUCCUUGGACGUGGGGCAUAUGGUAUUGUCGAUAAAGUUCGACAUAAACAAAGUGGUACUAUUAUGGCAGUUAAGAGAAUAACUGCAACAGUUAACACACAAGAACAAAAACGUUUACUUAUGGAUUUAGAUAUUUCUAUGCGUAGUUCAGCAUGUCAAUAUACAGUACAAUUUUAUGGAGCAUUGUUUAGGGAAGGAGAUGUUUGGAUAUGUAUGGAAGUUAUGGAUAUGAGCCUGGAUAAGUUUUAUACAAAAGUAUAUAAACAUGGACAUGCCAUUCCUGAAGAUAUUUUAGGAAAAAUUGCUUUUGCAGUAGUAAGUGCAUUACAUUAUCUGUAUUCACAGCUGCGAGUGAUUCAUAGAGAUGUAAAACCUAGUAAUAUUUUAAUUAAUCGAAAAGGAGAGGUCAAGAUCUGUGACUUUGGUAUUUCUGGUUACCUUGUGGAUUCUGUCGCUAAAACUAUUGAUGCUGGUUGUAAACCAUAUAUGGCUCCAGAAAGGAUAGACCCAUCGGGUAACCCUUCACAAUAUGACAUCAGAUCUGAUGUUUGGUCAUUAGGUAUAUCUCUUGUUGAAUUAGCAACAGGGAAAUUUCCUUAUGAAUCUUGGGGUUCGCCUUUCGAGCAUUUAAAACAAGUUGUAAAGGAUGAAGCACCAAAGUUACCAGCUGGUAAAUUUUCGGCCAGUUUUGAAGAAUUUAUCAAUAAAUGUUUAAUGAAGGAUUAUACUGCCCGUCCAAAUUAUAAUCAGUUAUUGAAACUUGAUUUUAUUACAGAACAUGCCAAAAAGGACAUAAAUGUUGCUAAAUUUGUUGGAGAAAUUUUAGAUUUACCUGAAAUGGAGUAA